GAUUGACAAACCAUUCAAGUGCUUGAUCUUGAAUCAAACUCUUUAUGUUUCCUCAGCAAGAACAGGUUUAGAGAUCCGCAGUAUCAUCUCAACAACUGAUGUCUGUAGAUCUCUCAUCCAAUCUUCUUACCGAAAGUUUGCCUGAUUGUCUUAAACCAAGCUCAAGAGCUAGCAGAGAUGAUGAUUCAACAGUCAGCAGAAUGUUCUUUGUCUUUGAGUAUGUCCCAAUAGGAGAACUCAGGAGCUGGAUCUCUUCUGGUAUGCACUGAAAGAUGGUGUCCUAAUUAAGAACAUGAUCGUCAUUAUAUGUUUUUUUCCAACUUCCCUGGAAUGUUUAGAUGGGAAUAUGGGAAGAUUGCUUACUUGGGAGCAAGUUCUAUCAAGAAAAGGCACUCCAAGCAACAAAGAUGAAGAUAGAGUCGAUAUCUAUGACUUGGGAGUGAUAUUGCUUGAACUUAUAGUGGGAAGACCAUUGAAAGCAAAGGGUCAAGUCGAUGUUCUAAAAGAGGAGUUACAAGCGAGCAUCUCAGGGAAUGAUGGAGCGCGUAGGAGCAUGGUGGAUCCAACGGUCCAUAGAACCUGUUCAGACCAAUCACUGAAGACAAUGAUGGAGAUAUGUGUAAGGUUUCUCCUCAAAGACCCUUUAGAACGUCCUUCCAUUGAAGAUGUUCGUUCUUUGGAAUCUUCAGUUUGCUUCUCAAGUCCAAGAAGUUGGCUACGUAACAGCAAUCCUCCGAGCACUCGCGGCUUGCCUUCUCCUGCAGCUUCCUCUCGUUUACACAUAACAACACUCGAAUCACCACGCGAUUCAGGAUAUGAAGAGCAUGAGAGGUAGAGGAGACAAGAGUUUUGGUUUGGUCCGUUGUGAGUUCUUCUUCACUUCCCUUCAAC